AUGACAGCAACGACUCCUACUUGCGCCGUCAAGGACUCCCAUGGCAAUUUCGUGUUCUGCCCCUACGAUUCUGACUGCGGGGUGAGCACAAAGAGGCAACCAGUCUGCAGAGGCGCCGAUGGUAAAUACAUCAAAGGUCUUGUCGGAGCUCCAUGCUAUCUAGUCACCGACCACAACGACCCUGCUGGUAGCGGUACCAAAAAGUGCGACAUCCACUGCUCGUCGACUGACGGCAAAGGCGGAUCUAGCUGCAUGUAA